AUGGGUCAGUUUUUAGUAUUUUCUUUAGUUUCCUUCCUUGUACUGCUUUCUUCUAAUGUAAUUCCUGCUUCCAGUAAUGAAGAAGCCAAAGGUCUCCUGAAAUGGAAAUCCAGAUUUGACCACCCAAACAACACAUUGGAUGCUUCAGAAAGUGUCAACAGGGAGAACCUUACUACUUCGAACAUCACUGGUUUCAAGAGUGGAGAUAAUAAAGACCUUCCACAUUGCACAAUACCUCCAGAGAUGUCCUCCUCUGUGGAGAAAAAGAGUGGCCACAAAAAACAGAUUCUCAGCAUUGUAUUGCCUAUAGUGGGAGCCCUGGUACUAGUUUCUGUGUUUGCAGUGCUUCUUUUCACUUGUGGGAAAAGAUAUAGAGGUCCAGAUGAAGAGCAAUGCAAUUCAUCUAGUCGGGGCGAUGAAGACAGUGAUCUCUUCUCCAUAUCCUCAUUCCAUGGAAAGGCAUUGUAUUUGGACAUCUUGAAAGCCACCAAGGAGUUCCAUGAGAUGUACCGCAUUGAGGAAGGAGGGUUCUGGACUGUUUACAAGGCUGAGAUCCCAUCAGCCAAGACGGUAGCUGUAAAGAAACUUCAUUCAUCAGCUGAGAUCGCUUAUCGGGAGAGUUUCUUCAAUGAAAUAAGAGCUUUGACAAAGAUCAGGCACAGAAACAUCGUCAAACUCCAUGGCUUCUGCUCAAAUGUGAGGCAUGAAUUCUUGGUUUACGAGUACCUUGAAAUGCCUUCUUUGUCAUGGAUGCUGAGCAGAGAAGAGGAGGCUAAGAAGCUCGACUGGAAGACGAGGGUGAAGAUUGUUAGAGGCAUCGCUCAGGGGCUGUCUUACAUGCACCAUGAUUGCUCUCCUCCCAUUCUUCAUGGGAACAUAUCAAGUAGCAACGUUCUCCUUGAUGCUGCUUUUGAAGCUCGCAUUUCGGAUUUUGGCACUGCUAAGCUACUCAGGCAAGACGACUCUAAUUUCAGCACAGUUGCAGGCACAUACGGAUAUAUUGCACCAGAAUUUACUUCCACAAAGAAGAUGACUGAAAAUUGGGAUAUAUAUAGUUUCGGAGUAUUAACAUUAGAAAUCAUUAUGGGAAAACAUCCCGGUGACUCCAUUGAUGUUAUCAAAUUUUUCUCAGAGCGUCUAGAUCCACGGCUUCCACAUCCUGGAAAUGAAGAAGAGAGAGCUUUGAUUUACAUUGAUACAAUCGCACGAAAAUGUUUGAAUCCAAAAGCAAGGCCAACAAUGCAGAAAAUCGCUGAGAUGUUAGCAAUAGUACCACAAUGAUGCUUGCUGUGAACUUUUCAGUAUAUUUAUAUUUUUCUCAUAUAUUUUAGAUGUUGUUGCCGUAUUAUAUUUGUAAUUGUUGGGUUUUGAAAGGUUGGAAUUGGUUAUAUGAUGACAUCCAGCAGUUCACUCACUUUGUAGAAUGUUGAUUUUGAGAAAUAAUAAAGUGGUUUGUUCUUUAAGGAAAAAUAAAGGUGGGUGGCUUGAGGUUUGGUCUA